AAUUUGCUUUGAUUGCGGGCUGUUGUUUGCCCGGGACCAUGUUAAAGCAAAAGCUAGGUUUCAUCAUAUUCCGCUACACAAAGUGUAUUAUUUCUCGAUGUAUUAUUUUAUGCUAAUUAUCUACAGCUGUAAUUUGUUGCGAGAGACCAACAGUAAUUGCAGAGGAAAAAACGCUUGAGAAAGUCGCGUAAAGCCAGCUGCAAGGGUUGAGCGAUGUAGUGCGCCGAAGCUGCCUUCCUGAGAGGAUCCAUCACAGAAAACAAACCCUCCCACUCACUCCGAGUACCCCCGCUCCUUCAGCUGCAACUCAAAAUACAUAAAGCGUCCAUGUUGCACAGGGAAUGAAGGGUCAGCAGAUACAUAAGUUUGCUUAAAAGUGUUAGCUAACUUUAACGUUCAACAACUUGCGUUCGCUAUAUGUUUUUGGUCAAGAACAAUCCUCUGACGGGCUUCCUAGUGUUUUUAACGUUGUACCAGACACGGCCUCAAAUUUUGGAUGAUCGGAGCUUCACAGCUAACUCGCUAAACCAAGCUACCUGCUAAUUUCAGCUAGUUAGCAAUUCAACGUCGGUUGUUUUGUGAAUUAUUUUUUUUACGCUGACGCUGUUGCGCACAAAAUACUUGUUUGAGCAAUGAUUUUUUGCGGAGAGCCAUAAAUGACAGCCAUUCACUGGCUUCCGUUCACCACCGUGCUAGCUGGUUGGCUACCACUGCUGCUGCCACUACACUUCACCUCGGACGGUUGCCUGCUGGCUUUGUGGGCUGGCUGGUCAUCCUCAUCUUGAACAGCUAGCUAGCUAACAGUAGCUAGCACACGAAGCAAGCGCGCUAGUACGAAUAACAUUGUGGGAAACAAAACCGGAAUAACCACCCGUCUAAAUGGACCACAUGUCCAUAAUAACCCAAGUUUCCAACCCGAAGGAGGAGGAAAUAAUAUCCUUUAACCAGGAAAAAGCAUCGCAGUCGAACAGCAGCCUAAAGAAACAGAGGAGCCGGAGCAUCUUCAGCACAUUCUUCUGCUGCUUCCGCAACUACAAUGUGGACCCUCCAGCCACCAACACCAACACCAGCUCCCUGCCUCCACCUGUUGAGGAGAAUGGAUCGCCACCCAAGUGUGACCAGGUCGAGGUCGUCCCUAUCCCUAGUCCACCAGCCAAAUACCUUCUACCAGAGAUGAUAAUAUCUGACUAUGGCAAAAAAUGUGUGGUGAUUGACUUGGAUGAAACGCUUGUUCACAGCUCAUUCAAGCCCAUCAGCAAUGCAGAUUUUAUUGUUCCUGUGGAGAUCGAUGGUACCGUUCAUCAGGUGUAUGUGCUGAAACGGCCGCACGUGGAUGAGUUUCUUCAAAAGAUGGGAGAGCUAUUUGAAUGUGUGCUCUUUACAGCAAGUCUCGCCAAGUAUGCAGACCCUGUGGCAGACCUGCUGGACCAAUGGGGCGUGUUUCGAGAGCGACUUUUUAGAGAAUCCUGCGUUUUUCACAGAGGGAACUAUGUCAAAGACCUGAGCCGGUUGGGACGAGAGCUCAGCAACGUCAUCAUUGUUGACAAUUCACCUGCCUCUUACAUUUUCCACCCAGAAAAUGCUGUCCCUGUCCAAUCCUGGUUUGAUGAUAUGAAUGACACAGAGCUCCUGGAUCUGCUGCCUUUCUUUGAGGGACUCAGCAAAGAAGAAGAGGUUUAUGGAGUCCUGCAGAAUCUAAGAGGCAGGUAACAGGACACACCACAGCGCCUCUGCUCUCCAUCCUUCUCUCUGUCGACCAUUUCUACAGCCACAUCUCUCAGACUCAGGCAGAUCCUCCGACACGCGCGCCUCUUGUCUCUGCCCCAAGGGGACGCUUUGGAGUCUCACUGUGGACACCUUCAUGUAACCCCGUCUCUGCUCUCAUCUCCUGGUGACUGGCUGCCUUCUGAGUGCCAUCAGAAAAAAACAAACCCUAAAUAGCCCAAGAGCACUGUGUUUCACAAAAACCACACCAGAAAGUGUACAGAGUGUCCUAAGUUGCUAAUAUUGGGGACAAAAUGCUAAGAGGAAUGAACUCUGGUCUUUACAAUUUUACUAUUUGGUGAAGUGCUUAUUUUAAAACCAAAAAAACAUCAACAACGUUUUGUCUGAAAUUUCUUUUGUGGUACCACAAAAAAGUCUGAAAAGAUUUUGUCCUCGUAUUGUUGCUAUGCAGGCAGUUUCUGGUAGUAGAAAAGACUGUGAUUCUCAUUUCUUACUGAAUGAAGUGCCUUGUGUGUAUGUUGUUUAUAUCGGGAGAUAUUUUUUACAUGGCAUAUUUCCAGAGUACUUCAGUCGUUUCAUACACAAUAUGCUUUAAAGUGGACACAGAAGUAUCUUGAUAUGAAGUUCUUUUUUUUUUUUGAUUAUCAAACGCUGGACAAAUGUCUCCAUAGUAUUCUCUAUUUUUUUCUCCUGGUAUGCUUGUGCCAUUAUAUAGAUGUGACUUUAUUUCUUUCUGUUUUUGUUAUAUGUAGAAAUAGUUUGUUUAAGGCAAAGGUGCACGGUUGCAAUUGUGAACCUUUCGCCCCACCUGCAAGUACAGUAGUUCUUUGGGUUUGAUAGGUUAAUCUCAAAGCUUAGACGAAUUGUGCCAUUUAUUUUCUGUCUCUCGUAUUUCCCCCCCUUCUCACCCUUUAUCUCAUUUUAUUAUUUGCCAAAUGAGAAAAUUUACGUUUUACAGGCUUCAUAUCUUCAACUGGGGUUCAGCUAGAACUGUUAAACCAUUAGUAGUAAGUAUAGCAUUAUAGGUUUUAUUCUUUUGACAAAUAGUUGUCUUAUACAUUUGUAUGUUUUUGAUGUUAUGACAUCCUUGUUUUUCAUGUCGUGCUUUUAUCUUAUGGCUAGCUUUCAGCCCACAUUUUUUCUUUUCUCUUUUUUUGGGCACACACAAGCGGUGCAGAUUCACCCUUAAGGGUUGAUCUUUCUCUUUAUAAUUGUACACGGUGGCAAAGGUAUCCCUUUUGUUUCAAAUGGUCUGGUAUCUUACAGUAAAUGGGUCGAGUGCCAUGUUUUUAUUUGUUCACAAGGUUAGUGUCUUUAUGGAAUAUAGGAUAGUGUCGGAUCGAGUCCGGACAGUGUUAAAAUCACACCAUUCUCUCCUGAUUUCCAUACGAGGAUGUACAGUACGUGGUGUAAAACCAGUGGAGACUGUGUGGUGUUUACCUUCCCCGACUCUUUUUUAACUGCUCUUCACCUCAGUGCCUACGUUUGAGAGGAGCCACGCAACCCAAAUGCUGCAACAUUAGCUACCAUGGCAAUAACCUUUUUGGGGGAGUUUCCAUUCCAAGUGUUUGGUGUGGGUGUCUAGAGCACUUGACGGGCUAGCCGGUAGACAUUUGGUUGACACUAAAGGCUGGCCUGGUUAUCACAAUGACUUUCAGUUUUCACGAUAUAAUACAUUUUUUCACCCUAUUUGAUCCAAAAACUGGAUAAACACACAUAAUUUAGUCCUUCAGUCAAGAAUAAAAUGUUUUUACUAAAAACAUUUCUAAAGGAAAAUACUGAAACAACUUUAAUGUUGCUUGGUCUAUUUCAACAACAGCCAAAUGAUCUUGUAUGGUGCACUCACUGCAUUGCCAUAGUUAUCAGCUUUUGUUGAAAGGAAAAAGGAAGCCUUCCAAACCUACAGAUGGGUGCUCAGUCGUGGCUCAUCAGACAGCCUCCAAAUGUUAGGGGCCAGCUCUAAAUGGAACACUACUGGGUCAACGCAAAAUGACUGUGAAGAACCUCAUCAUGGCAUUGAUGCCUUACUGCCUGUGGCGGCCCAAAGCAAUGUUUCUUCAUUAAUUCCAAGGUUACAUCUACACGUUAUAGCAUUGUGUCAUGAGUAAUUUAAUAUGGAAUGUGAUAUAUGGCCAGGAAUUAACAUUAUGAAACAAUGAAAGGAAGCAUGACAACCGCUCUGUGAUGCCAUCAAGGGAUUGUAUGCUCCAACAAACAUCAUUUGCUUUAUUGCUUGGUUUAUGGGCCAUGAUGUUGCAUUAAAACGACCUACACUACUUUAUAAUUUCCAACAUUUUUUUCAAGUUGAAAGGCUGCUGCUCCUACAGGCGUAUUAAAAUAUUUUCUUUCUUUUGCAUAAGCAUUUGUGUUGGCGGUGAGUGCUCAGCUCAUGAUGAUGGUUUCAGUGCAAUGUCCUUUUUAUGAAAAGCGUUUGGUCGACUCUUCUCAACCUCUCAAUGAUUACCUUUCUCUGAAAAUGUUUGUAUCAUUGUGAUAUUUUUCUACUUACCUUUUGUCAGUAUUUGGUUUGAAAAGUUGCAUAUUAUCCCAUUGUAUCCAGCUGUUUUUUGUUUGUUUUUUUCCUCCCUUGCCUUUUGGUAAGAAUUCUCAGUCAGGUCUUGUCUUUUAUCAGGGGAUGUGCAUGUGUGCGCGCGCUGGGGCAUCUUGUUUGUGCUUCCUUCUAGUUUUUCUGUGUAAUCACCUCACUAAUAAUCACACAUUCAUCAUUUUGUAUUGAUUCAGCACCAAAGUUCUACAACACUUGAGUUCAAGUCACUUUUGUUUUUUUUGGUGAAGUUAUUCACUUCUUUCUUCUUUUGAAAGCAAAACAAAAACCUGUCCAUUCUUGUCUUACUUUUAAUGUUGUCAUCCUGAACAUCAGUUUUCUUUCUUUCCAUAAUAAAAUGCUUAAUU